GCUUUUGGUGUGGCCACGGAGAACGUGAAGCUGCUGAAGAGGAAUGUACGUGGAUGACUGACACUUCAUCGUCACUACAAUCGUCAUCACGCGUGGCCAAACAGCAAAUAGACAGGAAGAACACGUGAUUGGCUGAAAACAAGGAAGCGUUGCAGUGCGUCGACCAUUUUGCAUUUUUAGCAGCGACUUAAAUACACUUAAAUAUGUCUGCCACAAACGAGAAGAAAAUAAAACACGCCAUCCAGACCGCGACGGACUUUUCCCCCCUUCUAUAGGACUUGGUAGAUGAGGUCGGGGUCCUGGAGGCCGGUCGGGGACGGGACUUGUGCGGGCCCCGGGACGGAGGCCUCCCCGCCGGCGCGGAGGUCAGCUGACGGCGACCCGGGCGCCGCAAGGCCUCCGCCGGCGUCCGUGGAGAUGCGCUCCACGAUGCUGGACAGACAGUCCAGGCUGGAGACCACCGAGGGUCGCUCGGCCUUCGCGGAACCUGAAAAUAAUAAUAACAUCCCAAUAACAGCCUCUCACCAUGCCGUCCGAGCAGUUGGACCGGGGGCUGGAGGCGUCCGAGUCCCCGCUGUAGUGCUCGAUGACCGGGUAGUAUCCGUCGUCGUGACCCCCCCGGAGCAGAGCCUGCAAGGACUCGAUGUAGCUGAUGGCGUUGCGGAGGAUCUCCACCUUGGGUAGCCUCUGGUUGGGGUUGGCCGACGUGCACCUCUUCAGGGUCUCGAAGGCAUCGUUGACCUUGCUCAGUCGUCGGCGCUCCCGCAGCGUGGCGGCCUUCCUGCGGUCCGCGUUGGUGGUCUUCCUCUUGCAGGCCUUGCAGGCCCACAGCAGGCAGCGGCCCGCCUGGUGGUGCCCGCUGGGGGCUCGGACGUGCUCGUCCUCGUCCGCUUGGCGGUGCUGGUGGUGGGACGAGGGCGACGUCGAGGACGGGGACGACGAGGUGGAGGACGAGUCGUCGGGCUUGAGGAGCCCCACGUGGACCAGACGGGGGUCCAGGUCCUCGAAGAAGUGCAUGUCGCUGGUGUUGAAGCAGGGGUCGUCGUAGAAGUCGUCGGCCGCCGCCAUUGGGAACGAGAUGUCCGACAACUCCAUGCUGGUUCCGACCCUGACCCGAACCGGCCCCGAACGGAAACGAGAUCCAGACCAAAUCGGAGGCGGAAAACGUUGAUGAGUGACAGGGCAGCCUGGACACUGGGGUCAGGGGUCAACUGGUCCAGACACCACCCCACCCCCACCCACCCACCCCCGCCUCCUUCAGAGUCACAGUAACCCUGGAUUGGACCCCUCAGGAAGCUCACCUGGACCCUCCGUGUGUGCAUCAGCGCUGUAACGGCCACCUGCCACUGACACAGCAAACGUGCACACAGACGACACGUCAGCAGCCCGCCGGAGCCCAAGCGAGGAAUGCCGGGACGCGGGCCGUCACGGCGGAGAGACGCCAUCUUGGAACGGGCCGCAGAGAGUGCCCGCGUGGGCACCAUCACAACCAGGACGUAUAAACACACACACACACACACACACACAGCAGUGUCACUGUAAGUGCACGGCUGCUUGAUGAUUGACAGGUGGGGCAGGUGGGACGUGUGUGUGCGUCCCACCUGUCGACGGGGGCACUCACAAGCGUGCCUCACAUCACUAACCCCCCUCGACCUCCGACCCCGUGACCAACUUCCUAUUCCUGUGGGCACAGUAACCCCCCCCCCCACACCUCCCAGUCCCCCAACACCCCCCCCCCCUGGCGUCACAGCCGGCCACCGUGAACGUAGCCGAGCGCUGCCGCUACUGUUGUUUAUGACACACGUGAACUUUCACCUCUGCGCCCACCCCCGUGUGUGUGUGUGUGUGUGUUUUUGGUCAGCGCCCCCGAAAAAGAUGUGUGAAAUUGUGCGUGACACGAAAAUCAAAUAACAACGUUUGAGAGGCGUGUGUGGCGGCACGUAUUAGCUGUUAGCAUGCACAACACAGAGUCAGUGUGCGUGUGUUAGCGUAAUGAACAUGUUUGUUAGCGCCGUGACUAAAAAGCUACUUUAUUAGCAUGUUUACUAGCAGGGCUCAUGUUUGUUAGCAUAAUGAGUUGCUAACAUGUUUAUUAGCAUGAUGACUAAAAAGCUAGUUGAUUGGCAUGUUUAUUAGCAGGGCUCAUGUUUGUUAGCAUAAUGACUUGCUAACACGUUUAUUAGCAUAAUAAGUAAAAAGCUAGUUGAUUAUCAUGUUUACUAGCAGGGCUCAUGUUUGUUAGCAUAAUGACUUGCAAACAUGUUUAUUAGCAUGAUAAGUAAAACGCUAGUUGAUUAACAUGUUUACUAGCAGGGCUCAUGUUUGUUAGCAUAAUGACUUGCUAACAUGUUUAUUAGCAUGAUAAGUAAAAAGAUAGUUGAUUAGCAUGUUUAUUAGCAGAGCUCAUGUUUGUUAGCAUAAUGACUUGCUAACACGUUUAUUAGCAUAAUAAGUAAAAAGCUAGUUGAUUAUCAUGUUUACUAGCAGGGCUCAUGUUUGUUAGCAUAAUGACCUGCAAACACGUUUAUUAGCAUGAUAAGUAAAACGCUAGUUGAUUAACAUGUUUACUAGCAGGGCUCAUGUUUGUUAGCAUAAUGACUUGCAAACACGUUUAUUAGCAUGAUAAGUAAAAAGCUAGUUGAUUAGCAUGUUUAAUAGCAGAGCUCAUGUUUGUUAGCAUAAUGACUUGCUAACACGUUUAUUAGCAUGAUGACUAAAAAGCUAGUUGAUUAGCAUGUUUACUAUCAGGGCUCAUGUUUGUUAGCAUAAUGACUUGCUAACACAUUUAUUAGCACGAUGACUAAAAGCUACUUUAUUAGCAUGUUAACUAGCAGGGCUCAUGUUUGUUAGUAUAAUAACUUGCUAACACGUUUUAGCAUGAUGACUAAAAGCUACUUUAUUAGCAUGUUAACUAGCAGGGCUCAUGUUUGUUAGUAUAAUGAGUUGCUAACACGUUUAUUAGAAUGAUGACUAAAAACUACUUUAUUAGCAUGUUUACUAGCAGGGCUCAUGUUUGUUAGCAUAAUGACUUGCUAACAUGUUUAUUAGCAUGAUGACUAAAAAGCUAGUUGAUUAGCAUGUUUACUAGUAGGGCUCAUGUUUGUUAGCAUAAUGACUUGCUAACACGUUUAUUAGCAUGAUAACUAAAAAGCUAGUUGAUUAGCAUGUUUACUAGCAGGGCUCAUGUUUGUUAGCAUAAUGACUUGCUAACACGUUUAUUAGCAUGAUGACUAAAAAGCUAGUUGAUUAGCAUGUUUACUAGCAGGGCUCAUGUUUGUUAGCAUAAUGACUUGCUAACACGUUUAUUAGCAUGAUAAGUGAAAAGCUAGUUGAUUAGCAUGUUUACUAGCAGGAAUAAUGUUUGUUAGCAUAAUGACUUGCAAACAUGUUUAUUAGCAUGAUAAGUGAAAAGCUAGUUGAUUAGCAUGUUUACUAGCAGGGCUCAUGUUUGUUAGCAUAAUGACUUGCUAACAUGUUUAUUAGCAUGAUGACUAAAAGCUAGUCGAUUAGCAUGUUUACUAGCAGGGCUCAUGUUUGUUAGCAUAAUGACUUGCUAACACGUUUAUUAGCAUGAUGACUAAAAAGCUAGUCGAUUAGCAUGUUUACUAGCAGGUCUCAUGUUUGCUAGUUUUUUUGCCUUAUCAUAAUAAUAUUCCGUUGUUGUUGGGGUUUUUUUAAGUCUCUUUCCUAAUAUAUUUCAUUACAGCAGCAAUGUGCUGCAAAUGGCCCCUGGGCCGCACUUUGGAUUCCCCGGUACUAGAUAGUGACGGGCAUGGACAAGCACAGCUUAUUAGCAUUAAAGCUACACACACACAGUAUAACUACACGUUUGAAUACAUUUCUAACCUGAAUGAGUGAACAUGGACCCUCUAACUUGACCAUCAUCUUGACACCGUCCCCGACCUUCGACCUCAGCUUUCCCCUCCUCCUCCGGAGACAGCUUCUUCCCAUCGAGGGUCCAAUUAGAGGCGGCGAGGAGGACAAAGGGUGUCGCAGGGCCGCUGCGGGACGUGUCAACAGCUGUCGGCUGUGGAGACCCACGCCGCAAGUUGGGCAGCGUUUGAUGGUGACGGGACAUCAGAGAGGAUGCCCCUCGAUGACAGUGGCCGCUGUGGGGCGUUUGGCGCUGACGAGGGCCGUCGCUUCCCCUCACGGCCGGAGCGUGCCAUGCAACAGCUGCAGGGUCGGGCCCCACCAAAAACAACCAAUCGACCCCCACCCCGGUGCCAUGCGGGCCUGUCUCGCCAUCAAUGUGACCAUUGUGGAGCUAAGCCCCUGCAGCAGAGCCAUGAUCACGCAUGUGCUGGCGUGCUGGAUGCCGGCAGCUGGCUGCGUGUGGACACUCAGCCAAUCAAUCAAACCAUGGACCGGCCUUCCAGCGCAAGUGUCGGAAAUGUUACAGCUGGGAUGUCCAACCUUAGAGAUGCUCCCAUCAUCGUGUGUGUGUGUGUAAUCCUCUUAGAUAAAACAGAGCUGUGGUCCAAUGAGGCGUCCCCAUCCUGUCCCUGUUCGUCUCUCCCAGGAGAAGAGGGGUUUUUAAUCCAAGUGGAUUACGAUUGCAAAUUGGGCGAGCGGCUGCAAAAUCUCCAUCAGGCCGCCAGCACCGUUGUCCUCUUGCUAGCGUGGACCCUGAGGUGGACAACUGGCUGCCGAUGUCAUGAGGAAGAAGAUGGACAAAGCAUCAGGAAUGUCUCCGGUGGACUUGAAGAAGUCUUGAAAAGCUGUCGGUGCAGACACUUGAUGAGGACACGAGGAAGCCGUGUCCUCCUCCCUAACCUGACCGCCUUCCCAGAGCGAGCGUCUCCCGACCGGAAGCGGGAUGGAGCAGAGGAUCAAGCUUCAUGGGAUUGUGGGAUUCCUCUUCCUGUGGGUGACGGUUCAAGCACAGAUGAAGAUCCCACCUGAGACCGUGCAGCAGUGGGCGUCCGUUUUCUCCACGCAGCUGCGAGAUCUUUCCAUCAAGUACUCGGGAUCUCUGCUCCUGCAGAAGAAACUCAAGGACGUGGAGUCCAUCAUCCAGAUAGUGGACCUGGACGGGGGAGACCUGGUGAAGGACUACGCGGAUGAAAUAGAACGCAUGCUGGGCAGCAAAAUGAAAUCAGUGAAGAGGUUAGCAGAGUCCGCGGAAGACGCCGACCUGUACCACGAGUUCAAUGCCUCCCUAGAGUUUGACUACUACAACUCCAUGCUCAUCAACACGGCGGACGAGGACGGCAACUUCGUGGACCUGGGCGGCGAGUUCCCCCUGGAGGAGAACGAGCACUUCAACAAGAUGGCUGUCAACACGCAGAUGAGCAACAUCCAGGUGCCCACCAACGUCUACAACAAAGAUCCCAACAUCCUCAACGCCAUCUACAACUCGGAGGCGCUCAAUGACGUUUUCAUCGGAAACUUCCAGAAGGACCCCACGCUGACCUGGCAGUACUUCGGCAGCUCCACUGGCUUCUUCAGGAUCUACCCUGGCAUCAAAUGGACUCCAGACACAAACGGGGUGGCGGCUUUUGACUGCAGAAACCGAAAUUGGUACAUCCAGGCGGCCACAUCUCCCAAGGACAUCAUCAUCAUGGUGGACAUCAGCGGCAGCAUGAAGGGUUUGAAGAUGACCAUCGCCAAGCACACCAUCAACACCAUCCUGGACACGCUGGGAGAGAACGACUUUGUCAACGUCAUCGCGUACACAGACUACGUGCGCUACGUGGAGCCAUGCUUCAAAGGAACUCUGGUCCAGGCUGACUUGGACAAUAGAGAGCACUUCAAGAUGCUGGUGGAAGAGCUGCACGUGAAAGGAGAAGCAAAGAUCAAGAACGCAAUGAAGGAGUCUUUCAAGAUUCUCAGUGAGGCGCGGGCCAACGGUCUGGGAAGCAUGUGCAAUCAGGCCAUCAUGUUGAUCACAGACGGCGCCAUGGAGGACUUUGAGUCUGUCUUUGAGGAGUUCAACUGGCCCGAGCGCAGGGUCCGAGUCUUCACGUAUUUGAUCGGCAGAGAGAUGACCUUCGCCCAGAACACCAAGUGGAUCGCCUGCAACAACAAAGGCUACUACACGCACGUGUCCACGCUGGCUGACGUGCAGGAGAACGUCAUGGAAUACCUGCACGUGCUCAGUCGGCCCAUGGUCAUCAACCACGAUCACGACAUCAUCUGGACCGAAGCCUACAUGGACACUGUGCUUCCCAAAACCAAAGAGCUCUUCAACACCAAAGCUCAGAGUCUCCUGUUGAUGACCUCGGUGGCCAUGCCUGUCUUCAGCAAGAAGAAGGAGACGCUGUCCCAUGGGAUCCUCCUGGGCGUGGUUGGCUCUGAUAUCCCCCUCAUGGAGGUGAUGAAGCUGGCGCCCAGAUACAUGCUGGGAGCUCACGGCUACGCCUUCCUCAUCACCAACAACGGCUACAUCCUGGCGCACCCUGACCUUCGACCUCUGUACAAGGACGGGAAGAAGCUGAAGCCCAAGCCCAACUACAACAGCGUGGAUCUGUCGGAGGUGGAGUGGGAGGACACGGAGGAGAUGCUCAGGACCGCCAUGGUGAGGGGCGAGACGGGAAAUCUGGGUCUGGACAUCAGAGCAUCUGUGGACAACGGGAAAAGACCCCUGUUCCUCACCAACGAAUAUUUCUACACAAACAUUGACGACACACCUUUCAGCUUUGGCAUGGUGCUGACCCGAGGUCACGGGAAACUUAUGUUCGUGGGCAACGUGUCUGUGGAAGAAGGGCUGCAUGACCUCACCUCCCCAGACCUCAGCAUCGCCGCUGAGUGGACUUACUGCGAGACGGACAUUGACCCCGCCCACCGCAAGUACUCUCAGCUGCAAGCCGCCAUUCGCUACCUGCUGGGGAAGGAGCCAGACCUGGAGUGUAAGGCGGUCAACAUGUCAUCAAAGUGGUGUUUUUUUUCACCGACCCCGCCUCUUUGUUGCCUAGGUGAUGAGUUUCUGCUGCAGCAAACCUUGUUUGAUGCCGUGGUGACGGCGCCCAUGGAGGCCUACUGGAACGCCCUGAUGCUGAAUGCCAGGGUGGAGCCAGGCAUCGAGACGGCUUUCCUGGGCACUCGCUCCGGCCUGAUGAGGAUCGCAAGAUACGCCGGCGUGGAGACGCGAGUGGCAAAAAAGUUCCUGACCGCUGCUGACAAGGACAACCUGUUCACCAUCGAUCACUUCCCGCUGUGGUACCGACUUGCCGUGGAAAGCCCCCCUGGAAGCUUCUUCUACUACCCCAUCAAUGACAAAGGAGUGAAGUACGUGGUGGCCACCACUGCCGUCACUGUGUCAUCACAAGGGAAGACCGCCAUCGCCGGAGCCGUGGGCCUGCAGAUGUCCUUGGACUUGCUGGAGAAAAGAUUCUGGGCCAUCACCAAGCAGGACAGCAACACAGACUGUUCCAACAUCGAAGGAUUGUGUCCUCUCAGCUGCGAAAGCCCUGAACUCAGCUGCUUCCUGGUGGACAACAAUGGCUUCACCCUGCUAUCCAAGGACAGGAAGGAGGUCGGCCGCUUCUUCGGCGAGGUGGACGGUUCCGUCAUGGCAACGCUCAUCAAAAUGGGAAUGUUCAGAAAAGUGUCCCUGUUCGAUUACCAGGCCAUGUGCAAGAACAGCCACCACCACGCCAGCGGCGCUCGUCCUCUGCUCAGCCCGCUCUAUGUCGCCGUGGCUUUGCUCCGAUGGAUCUUCUCCAACGCUCUCAUGUUCCUGCUGGACUUCAACUUUUGUGCUUUGUGGCACUCGGACUACUUUGUGGACGCCAAGGCUGGCUAUCACACGACACACAAGCAGAAGAAGGUGGAGGCCAUGGUCCCGUGCGAGACGGCCUACCCGGCGUUCAUGGCCGACUCAUCCGUCAGGGAGGCCAACAGCAUCAUCAAGUGUGGACGCUGCCAGAAGAUGUUUGUGGUGCAGCAGGUCCCGGACUCGAACUUGGUGUUUGUGGUGACGGAAGCAAACUGUGACUGUUCUCGUCAGUACGGCCCCAUCCCGCUGCAGCCCAAAGAGAUCAAAUAUAUCACCACCGUCAAGUGUAACCGGAUGAAGUCGCAAAAGGUGCGGCGGCGUCCUGAGUCGUGCCACGCCUACCACCCUAAGGAAAACGCCAAGGACUGCGGUGGCGCCGCCGCCAUUUCCCCGUCAAUCACCCUUUUCUCCGCUUCUCUGCUGGUCUCUGUGCCGCUCCUCCUUCUGACGUAACCACGACAACCAAUCAGGAGUUAAAAUUGAGAGAUGUCUUCCCACAAACUGAACAACGAGCUGACCUCAGACCAGCUUGUGUGGUUACUGUAGUCAAGACGCCCUCUAGUGGACGGGAAUGUAAAUGGCUGUACAUACGUUAUAAUAACUAUGAUAACUACAACAAUUAAAAUGUUUUGCUGGACUUUUAUUCUGAAAUUCCAACACAAGAACUUUGAUGAUGUUUUUUUUUUUACGUCAAGUUUGUUCACGUUGACCUCAGAGCAGCAGGUUGCCUUGUUUGAAAUUUCAGGCACUAAAAACAAAAUUUAAAAAAAAAAAGAAAAAAAAAAGAGGUGUUCUUCUGUUGAGGCCGGCCUGAGACGGGAGGUCUCACUCUGACACAAUUGAUGUCACUUAGCUUCAAAAUGAAUAAAUAGGAAAAAAAAAAGUGUCAUUUUGAUAAUAGAAUUGUGCUGGGUGGUCUCCUGCUGGCUGGCUGAGGUACUGCAGUCUUUGUCUGGUCCUCGAUGGAGGUUCCCUACACCGCAUGCUGUCUGUCCUGGGAGGGUCCAGGGUCCUUCUCCGUCUCCUGCUCCUUCUCCUUCUCCUUCUCACCCCUCUCCCGGUUCCAGUCUCUGAGGCCUUCAGGCAGGCUUGUGUCCUCCUCGAAGCUCCCCGUGCCCUCCACGAACUCCUCAUACGUGGACUUCUCCUCAAAGGGCCGCGGCCCCAGCAGCUCCAACAUGUCCGCCUUGUCCAGGACUUCCUUCUCCAGCAGACGCUUGCCCACCUGAGUAGACCCAAGCUCACGUUAGAAGACGUCAGCGUGCCGUCCGCCCGC